AGGGUCAUCUGAGAUGACGUAGUCGACAUAUUCGACUCUAUCUCGGCCUUCCCCAGAUAGGCUGUCCGGUUCAACACCAAAACACUGACACAAAUUCCUUAGCUUCAACAUAAGUCAAGCCACAGGCAGAUGCUUAAUCUCUGUUUGCUCUUUGGUUAGGUACUAGGCUACCUUACUUUUAUCUUGUCCUGCAGGUUUCUUCCUCUCUAGCCACACUCACCCACCCUUGUCGCUUGUACGUCCGCCCGCCUUUGGAGGGUAGGUAGUGCAACGUCAUACCCUCUUCAAAGACCAACCUUUUACAUCAUUCACCCAACCUAUCCAAGCCUGGAAUAUUAUGGGAACACUGGAUGCUGAAACGAGAGGCCGGAGAUACGGCUCAGAGCAUGCUGCAGUAGUCUAGGGCCCUGUCAGCUCCGUCAAUCGACCGCGGCGUCAUAAUUUGAGCCGCCACAUACGGAUGAUGGACUCGAGGACUCUUCUGCCUUGCCUUGACUCGGAUGGGUAGGUAAGGUACUUUUGGUCAUGUUCUACAGCAAACAAGUAGUUGCAAUGUUGCACAACUUUGACUGGUUGGAUCCGGCAAAUAACGUGAAUCCUUCCAAGGGUACUGUACUUUCUAAAUGGCUUCUAUUCAUAGUAGUCAUGAUGUGUACUGACCUUAGGUAGGUAGGUGCCUUAGCUGACUGAGGUACCUGUUGUGCUAUCUGCGUCCCUCGCUUGGUUGGGUUAAACAAACAACGACGUCAGAGCUACCACACAACCUCCCCCCCUCUUUGAUUUUUACCUUUCUAAAGCUGAAGGACCUUUUAUUUAAACUUGAACUUUCCCGUGACGCUUCCGCUCGUUCGUUAUCAUUUCAGUUCUUUACUAUACCCCAUCUCGCUACCAAGAUACUUAACCCAGCCAUUCAAGCUUCAACUGCACGACAACCAAAGAUAUCAAACUUACACAACUGUCACAACUUGAUCAAUCACAAUGGAGACCAUCAGCAACCUCACCGCCGCCGCCACCAAGGCUGUUUGGGGAGAAAACCAAACUGCCAACAAGGAGCCCGUCUCUGGAGUCCAGGGUGACACCAAGCACGGCGAGCCCUACGAUGCCGGCAACCUGGAAACCCCCCAACAAGAAAAGGUGGCACAAAACUUUGGCAGCCACGGUGAGGAACGCGCAACAGGCCUUGGGCAUGAAGCUCCCGUCUCUAAGCCCACCGAGACGACAAACGCUGCUUCAGCCACACCUUCAGUUCCCACACCCAACCCUCACUCAAAGGAUACCUCUGCCGGCCAGAAUGACACCCGUGACCCGGCGCAGGCGGACAAGGGCAACAAGGACCUCCACGACGUUGACGACACUUCUGAGGGCACCGACGUCAAUCUCGGAGAGGGUCCUGGACCUCAGCCUAUCGAGAAGCUUGCCAAGGAGCACGGAGGCGAUGCAGGUAAUGCUCCCGUUGAGGGAACUUCUCACAAGCCUACUGAGGUUGGCUCCGAGGGAGCUACAGAGUCAACCAAGUCCGAGAAUCAACCUCAUGACCCCAAGGAGGACGAGUAUGUCACUGCUAGCGGUUUUGCUGCCGACGGUGGUGACUUUGACGCUUCCAAGCCUGGUGCUGGACGUGAAGCUGACCGCCUGAUGGAGCAAAAGGGUAUUCAUCUUGGCGAGAGCGAAAGCUCAGAUCAUUUCAAGACCGAAUCGCACUCUAGCGGCAAGCACCACGGUUCUGAUGAGAAGAAGGACAAGCUAAGUAUCGGCGAGCGCAUCAAGGCCAAGCUCCACAAGCACUAAAGGGGUGAAUAAAUGUCGCGAUGUUUGGAAGAAGUUAUUAUUAAUGAUGGAGAAUGAUAUCCCGCACGGCCGUUUCGGCGCUUUAUUUAUCAACCUAUGCCCUGUUGUUUUUAGUCGUGGUUUUACAUUAUGUACGUAGGUACCUCCGUACUCCGUAGUCAACCUAUCUUCAGUAUUUGGCACCACUAUUAUCGUCAUUCACUCAAUGCCAGCCGAGACGCGGACUGUCUCGCUGAACUCGGUGCCGCCUUGUCGUGAUACAUGAUUGGAUCCUAUGCGAGGCCUCGUUUCAG